GUUCUUUCUUCAGUGUGGGUCCAUACUCCACAGGCACUAUACAAGUAUCAACAAGUGCACUUUUAUUUAUUUUCCAUCUAAUGGACCUCAAAUGAAACCAACCACGAUAGACCACCUGACAUGAAUAUCCAUGUUAGCAAUAAUGUUGAGGACGACCAGCAAGAAGAUGACCAACAUUACGACAGUGACUCUUCUGUAUAUGAGGACUGUCUGGAAGAAUUCACCUCCUGCUGUAUAACUUCCACAACAGAAGAUGAGGGUAUUACGGAAUCAGAGAACAGAGUGUUACAACUCUCACCCAUGUUUGCCAGGGCACAACAAAGCCUGUGCCCAGGUUCCUAUGUGUCAAACCAUGAGAUGGAGGAUGAGGACGACACGGCUCCAGGCCCAAGUGCUUCAUCGUUGACAUGGCUCACAGAUGAUGAGGAAGAUGAGCUAGAAACACCGGUCAAUGAAGAACAAGACAUCUAUUAUGGCUGCAGAGGUCUUCCAUUCUUCACUGGCGAUGAAAAACAUUGGGACCUUGAACUUCCUAACGGACACUUUGAGCCAUCCCCUCGACAUGGAUCUGAUGAACAGAGUGCAAAGCAUCCCACAUCAUUCUCUACUGAACACACCUUUAUUUUGCAAAGCGACAUAGAUCUGGAGUCCCCGCAGAGAAGUUGCAACCAUGAAUCAAUGGGCUUCAGUAGGGAUGACACCUUCUCCUUCACAGAUGAAAAGAAGCAUCACAUACCAGGGAAUAAUUAUGCAUUAGCGCCGUCUUCUGUUGAGAGGCCUGAUGUAGAGAGUAACAAGGGCAAUCAUGUCUCAUCUACAUCUUUUUUUCAUGCUGCAACUGUAAACAGUGACUCUAGAGCCACUGAGUUUGCAAAGGAUAGCUUUGUAAAAUCAACCAAUUCUUCUCCUGCACUAUGUGGAAUGCAUGAUGACCACCAGCCUCUUAAUAUAAGUGGCAGUUCUGAUUUGAAAACGCCAGAUAAAGCCAAUCUGUCACUCUCUGUGGAAAAACCCAUUCUCACCACAGCAAAGCAGAUGAUAAGCUUGCCCUCAACAUCAGGACACUGGCACAGGCCUACAGCAAAAGAUAACAACCCUAUAGACCACAGAGGAAGGGAUAACCAAAGAAAUGAACUAUUAUCUGACAUUGCCUCACACACUUAUAACGAUGCCAUUUUAAAGGAUGAUGAAGAAGACGAAGACAGGAAUCACUGCUUGCCACUAUGCCAACGUCCUGUUUCAAGGCGAGUAAGCACUGUAUGGUUCCCUACUCCAACUUCCAUACUGUCAACAAAAGCUAGCCAGCAAAACGGUGAAAAUCUAAAUCCUUCUGGCUUUAACCCAACGAUUCUUUACUUUGGUGAGCACUUACAUGACGACAUAUCCAAGCUUAUGCCUCCACCUCCACCCAAAACAGGUGGAAAGGCACACGGGAGAGGGGGUAGACGGAGGCCGCACUCUGAGGUUGGAGUUGCUACCGGAAAGUCAAUAGCAGCUGAUUCUAUUUUUUUCACCAAACAGCAACACAUGAUGGUCAAUGGAUAUGACGCUGACGAUGAAGGUGAAAAUACCUCAAAGAUUAAAAGGGACAAAAUGGAUAGCAUUCAGUCCAAAUCUAACAUGACCAAGGAUCAGUCCUCCGAAAUGAAGGCUGGAUCGUUUUCUCAAAGACCUGUCCCAUAGUUUAUCAGGAUAGUUCAUCAAGAGCAAGUACUUCCGGUCAUAAAGAGGACGAGUCUUUGCAGCCAUGAGAGAACAGCUCUAAGCUCUAAGUGAAGAAAUAUCUGCAAGAGUUCAAUAGUUAGAAAUAAUGGAUGGUUCAUGCAGUAAUAUACAUAAACCAGAAUAAACCAUGAUUUUAUCAACUUUAUAAAGAAGCAAAAUAUAAUAAAACUGGAAUACAAUUCAA